CUGUCAUUCAGUUCUUGAACGGCAAAGGUGCGGAGUGUGUGUGCAAAAAAAUCAGGGACCGGGGAAAUUUAAGGCUCUAGGUCGCUUGCUUUUAUUUUAAUUGGAUUUUAGAACCCAAAUAUCUCACCACACCUCCGUACCGCCAUGGAUGUGUCCACCGUGGAUGGUUUCAAUGCCUGGCUGAACGGUAAGCUGCGCGAUUUCAAUACGGAUGAGGGUGUUUUUGGUUCCUAUAUAAUGGGGAUUCUCGAGGGUGACGAAACCAACGAAGAGAAAACCGAAGCUCUGGAAGGAAUUUUGUCAGAAAUACUGGAAACCGAUAUAAAUACAUUCAUCACAGAAAUUCUCGACAAAUGGAAACAAUGCCAUCAGGUGCAAGAAUCUGGGGCUUCCAAGCUGAAGUUGGAUGUCGAUGAGCAGUUGGCUAAACUGUUGGAGAAUCAAAAGCUGGCCAAAAAAGAAGAACGUGAAUACACCGAGGAAGAACGACGAAUCAAGCAGCAAAUUCUAUCGCAAUACAGUCAGCUCUCGGAAAGCGAACCGGACGGGGAGGACGACGACGAUGGGGCCGGCGGAGGAGGUGGACUUGCUUCGUCAUCCAACGGAGGCCUCACGCGCAACACCAAUGCCGCUGACGUGGCCGCCUUGGUACGGGAAAAGCGCGAACAGGCCAAACUGGAGAGUCAACAGAAGAAAGAUAAGGACAAACAGGACCGCGAAAAGCAGAAACAACUGCGCGAGGAGAAGAAAGAAAAGCGUAAGACCGUCAAAGGAGAAAGAAGACGGUAGCGCCCUCGAGCGGAUUCGGGUUCGACAAUUGUACAGGUUAUGGUCGGCAACGGUGUUUGACGCGGAGAUGGAGUAAAAGUAAAACUUCCCAAUUAGAUUUCGAUCAGUAAUAGAACUUUCCAAUCAAGAUCUGAAACAGAGGCGCAAUAACAAACUUACUGGUGGGAGAUGUUUGUUCAAGCAAUGAGUGGAAAAGUUUGCAAUCAGCAAUGUUAAAUGAAAAA